GGCGCUGCUGCGAGUCCCAUUAAACCCCCAUCAGUGUGAGUGUGUGUGUUUGUCUACGGCAUCGGUAUGAGCUCUGGACACUUUCUUCAGCACACUUGAUCAUCUCUGUUCCACGCAUUUGGUACUGGAUUUUCUCCAGAAAGAAGGAUUGAUCACAUCACCACCCGGUCCACUCUGUCUGUCUGUCUGUCUGUCUGUCUGUCUGACUGACUGUCUCCCUUUUCUUUGGACAUCACUGCACUCAUUAAGCCUCGGAGCUCUGACAGAAUGAGCAGAUUGGUGCAGCUCACGUGUGCAGUGCUCUUGCUGUCGGUUCUUGUGUCGUGUGUGACGGAAACCAGAGCCACGCAAGGCGCAAUUCCUAAUCCGAGCAAAAGCAAACCAAACGAGUCGGAGCGACAACAUAGCGCCUCUUCUUCGUCAUCAUCCUCAUCCUCAUCCUCAGGUAGAGGUAGAGGCUCAUCUUCCUCGGCAGAAGAGGUGCUGGAGUCCAGUCAGGAGGCGCUGCACGUGACCGAGCGCCGCUACCUGAAGCGCGACUGGUGCAAGACGCAGCCGCUGAAGCAGACCCUGCAUGAAGAAGGCUGCGUCAGCAUCACCAUCCUCAACCGCUUCUGUUACGGCCAGUGCAACUCCUUCUACAUCCCACGUCACGUGCGCCAAGAGGAAGGAGCCUUCCAGUCGUGCUCGUUCUGCAAACCCAGGCGCUUCACCACCAUGACCUACACACUGUCCUGCCCCGACCUGCAGCCGCCCACUCGCAAGAAGCGCGUGCAGCGAGUCAAGCAGUGCCGCUGCAUCUCCAUCGACCUGGACUGAGAUCAACAAACACUACUUUUGACGGGAACUUUAAACUGCAGCGUCUUGAAGGCAUUAAGUUUCAGAACUUAUCUGGAUGAAAAGUAGCCUACACAUUAAAAGCACAUUUUCAAGAGGGGGGGGAAAGGAGGAGCACUGAUAUUGCGCAAUCAGAUAAUACGAACUCCAGCCUGGCGCACAGUCAUAGACACGGCACGCAUUUCAUCAUGCAUACAGCAUUUCCAUAAUUUCCUGUUUGACACUCCCAAACUCCCCCUCAUCCAAGAAUUAAACAUACAAGUGGUAUUUUCCUCACUUUUGCUGAAUGAUUUUAAAAGGAACAAAAUGUGCACAGAACAAGAAUCCACUGGCAAAACACACAGCAUUAUUUUGGGACCUUAGAACCUAAUCAUGUCAUAAUAAUAAUAAUAAUGUAACAGCCUGUGGUUUUUUUUUUUUGAGAGAGAGCUGGAAGGUGUUUUUUCCACCAUGUGGAAAUUAGUGGUGAUCUAAUAAGACAUGUGAAGAAGACUCUGAGCUAUUUAAUAUGAUAGAAGGACGCUUGUAUAAUAGCAGGUGUAUUAUAUUGUCCAUUUGUUGUGAAUUUUUUUUUUGUGGACAUUUUUAAUGAGACCCGCGUGAAAAAAGAAUGACAUCAUCUUCAACACUUAGUAUAUGAUUUAUUUAAAAAAAGAAAGAAAGAAAAUCCUGCAAAUAAGGAUACAAAACUUGUUGAUUAAUGUACUUAUUGCGGUCCAUUCUGUUUACAAGUAUUUCCACACAACUGUUUAAUGGGAUUGCUGCUUUAUCUUGA